CUUUUUCUCUCUCGUUUAGACUCCCAAGAUUUGGGCUAGUGGCUGGGAUUCCUUUUCCCCUUUGAUCGUAACCCUCCGUUUUCACUAAAAUAUCUUGAACUUAUAAUCUGAAGCGUUCAUUCUAGGGUUCUAACAAAAGAAAGUUAUCUUUUUCGUAUCUGAGUAUCUGCAUCAAAGAAGAUCGUUGGAGGAUUAUUACUCUUGAGUAGUAGCUAUGUCUUCAGCGAUGGACAAAGCGUUGAUGGAGCUAUCCUUAGAUGAUGAGGACGUCCCGUUCGUGAUGCCGGAUUUACCGGAGUUUAGCUCUAUGGAAAGAAACAGAAGAAGUCUGAUUGGAAGGUUGCUCAAUCCUCCUUGUCAGAAUAUGGCAAGUCUGAUCCACGACAUGCCAAGAAAGUGGCAGAAGUAUGGCCGUGUUCGUGGUAUAGCGCUCUCCAAAGAACGCUUUCAGUUUAUCUUUCAGAAUGAAUAUGAUUUGGAGGAUGUGCUUAGUAAGGGUAUCCACACUUAUAAUGAGUGGGCUUUGGCUAUUGAAAGAUGGAUUGAACAUCCCCCUCCUGAUUAUCUGCAAUUCGUCCUGUUGUGGGUUCAGAUUAGUAACAUUCCUGUGAACUACUACACGACUGAAGCAAUUACAGCGUUAGGAGACUUGGUGGGGAAGGUUGAAACUGUAGCUUUUGACCCGGAGAAGCCUCAUACUCGGGAGUAUGUUCGGGUACAGGUCAGAUUCAAUGUAGCAAACCCCCUGAGAAAAUCCAGAGUCAUCAGUCUGAAAAAAGGUGGCUCUUUUGAAGUUUUCUACUUCUAUGAAAGGGUUCAGAAAAGAUGUUAUCACUGUCAAAGAAUGACCCAUGAGAAACCGAUGUGUCUGCUUCUUGUGAGACAAAGACAAGACCAAACUAUAAAGAAAAGAUUAGGCAUCUUUGAUGAUAAACCUAAGCCUAAUCUGAUUCUUUCUGAAAAUGAUCCCCUUUAUGGAGUUCUGGAGGAACAUCAAGUAGGGAUCCAUCCUGUUCUAGGAAGACCGAAGAUUGCGUCGGAAGUGUUAGAAGGGAUGCGACAGUAUUUGAUGGUGGCUGAAGGGGAAGAGCGGAAGAUUAGAGAAGAAAGAGUCAGUAAAUCUGUUAGGGAAGUUGAGCUUAACCCUGUUUCUGAAAGAAUGGUGCUCAGACUAGAAGAACCACCAGUGAUAACUAAAGAUCUUAAUCGAGGCAAGGGUAUUUUAUUUGAGUAUGAUGCUCCUGAGUCAAACCAAAGUAUAUCCUCUUCAAGAACUGGUGGGCAGAAACUUAUGGGAGCGGCUAUUGCUGCUGGUAGGGGCUCGACCUUCAUUGAGAACCCACGACUGGUCAAUUACAGCUCUGAAUCCAACUUCUCAAAUUCUGGUUUCUCUAUUUCUGAUAACAGUUCGACGGCUUAUAAUAUUGGCCUCUUUGAGGGUGCAUCUUCCGGAACUGUUAAGAAACAAGGGAAACCAAGAAGGAGACCUUAUGUGAAAAAGAGGAAGCUGAAACCGAUGGAGGAGGCAGAGAAAGUGGAUCCUAGUGCGGUGAUUGUGGAGAAGCCUUCGACAUCUACUGAGAAGAGGAAAUCAAUGGAAAUUGCUGAGAACAAAGGAAAAGCCGUGAGACAGAAAACCAAAGGGAUGGUCCCAAAUGAGGGACCGUCCAAAUCCCAAUGA